CGGCUAAACUAUGUCUAAGAUGGGAAUAAUGUGCUGCUUUGUUUCUGGGAUGUAUUCAGAAACGGAAGUAUUUUCAAAAGCACGUUAGACCAUGUUCUCACCGGGAGAACAGCGCAAAUCAGGACUAAUUACACCUACUUUGAUAUGCUAUUGUGCAUGAGGAGUCCUCAAGGCGUUGUUGAGACCAGAGAGUAUAUGUGAUCCACUGUAGUAAAUAUAAGGCUGAUCCUGAAAUGAACUGUACAGUGUUAUAAGGCCCGUGUGGAGAGGCAGAGUGCAGCAGCUGCUGCGGCUUUAAGUCCGUCGUUUGGGAUGGGCUGAAUUCAUAACGUCAUUUCAGUUUGUUCUUUUAUUCUUCUCCCCCCUCAUCUUCCCUCUGUAAGUGACACAGCCCCUGUGCUCCGUUACACCUCCGGCCAUAUUCUCCUAAGAAUGAUUACUCGGAACUUUCUCUGUGUUUUUGUCUCUGCGGGGCAUUUUUCCGGGGCCUCAACUUUUCUGGCGUGUCAUCAUUUCUGGAGUUAACGCGGCAGAGUCAUCCGAGGCGACCAGAGCUCGCUCAUAUCUGGAUUCUUAAAAAAAAAAAAAAAAAAAACUCAGUUAAACAGCCCAGGAAAUGCAGCGUUUUCUCCAACCCGGAGGUACCACUGCUUAACUGCACCAGCGGGGGAGAUCAUGUAGAAAUCUGCAAAAAGAAAUGACGACGUAAUGAAAAUGAAGCUUUUCAGCCCAGGGAUGUUUAUGUUAACGCGAAGCCUGGUCUGAUUCUGCUCCUCCUCAUCAAAAUGAUGUUUUCUCCUCUCUCGCUGUCUCAGGAUGAGUUCCAUCCGUUCAUUGAGGCUCUGCUGCCCCAGGUCCGUGCCUUCGCCUACACAUGGUUCAACCUCCAGGCCAGGAAAAGGAAGUACUUCAAAAAGCAUGAGAAAAGGAUGACUAAAGAAGAGGAGAGAGCUGUUAAAGACGAACUUCUGGGGGAGAAAGCAGAGGUGAAACAGAAGUGGGCCAGUCGUCUUUUGGCCAAGCUAAGAAAGGACAUCAGACCUGAAUGCAGAGAGGACUUUGUCCUGUCAGUCACGGGGAAGAAAGCAGCAUGUUGUGUCCUGUCAAACCCUGAUCAGAAAGGCAAAAUGAGACGCAUAGAUUGUCUUCGACAAGCUGACAAAGUGUGGAGGUUGGACCUGGUGAUGGUCAUCCUGUUUAAAGGAAUCCCACUGGAAAGCACAGAUGGAGAGCGGCUUGUGAAGGGAGGCCAGUGCUCCAACCCAGUCCUCUGUGUCCAGCCUCGACACAUCUCUGUCUCUGUCAAAGAGCUUGACCUUUACCUGGCUUACUAUGUACAAGAGAGAGAGGCAGAGCAGAGCAGCAGUCCCAGUCGUACAGGAGUGGGUUCUGAUCAGGAGGACAGUCGAACCACGACUAUGGAUGGUCCAGAGUUCCAGGAGAGUUUUGUGACAUCAGGAGUUUUCAGUGUCACUGAGCUGGUCCAGGUCUCAAGAACUCCAGUAGUCACAGGAGUAGGACCUAGUUUCUCUGUGGGGGAGCUCCAGGGUCAUCUGGCCUAUGACCUCAACCAGUCUGUCAACCAGCCAGUUAGCCUCAGACGAUCACUGGCCAGCACCUCAUCCAGCGGGAGUAAACGUCAUAAGUCUGGCUCUAUGGAGGAGGAGGCUGACAGUCCAGGAGGGGAGUAUUACCACUCACCUUCCUCUCCUGCCAGCAGCUCCAGGAACUGGACUGAUGACAUGGAAGGAGGUCUGUCUCCUCCAGUGAAGAAGGCAGAGCUGGACAGUCCGUCUCCCCAGGAAGACUCACCAAGACUGGGUUCUUUCACUCAGCACCACCGGCCUGUCAUAGCUGUUCACAGUGGUCUGUCUCGGAGUACCCACCCCUCCUCAUCUCUUCAUUUCCCAUCCUCUUCCUACUUCCCUCAUGGAGCAAUCCGCUAUCCUCCUCACCUGGCCCAGGAUCCCCUGAAAGAUCUGGUCUCAUUGGCCUGUGACCCUGCCAAUCAGACUCCUAACUCACUGAAUGGCAGCAACCAGAUUAAAGUGCCCAGUCACUACAUCUCCUCUCAGAUGUUGGCACCUCCGGGACCAGCACCCUCCCUGGCUCCUCCCCCAUCCUCCCUUCCCAGGCCGACACUGCCAGCAGAGUCAAAGGCCACUACCACUUCCUCUGAUGGGGGAGCAAACUCCCCCACAUCACCCACAUACUCAGCCCCUGGGACCCCCCCUGCCAAUCGCUCUUCCUUUGUUGGAGUCACCCCUCGAGACCCAGGUGGACUCUACCAAGCCCAGUCUUGGUAUCUGGGCAACUGAGUGAACUCUGGAGGAAGGGUGAUUGCCAUGGCAGUACUGUCCUGGAAGAAAGGAAACAAUGUUGUCAAGACAUUGCCAGAGGAAAAAUAUAUUCAGCUUUGUAGACGCAUAAAGUGCGGUCAUACAUAUAUAUAAAUAUACAGAGAAAUAUAUUUACAUAUGUGUAUGUGACCAGAAGAGACAGCCUGGAUGGAAGAAGUACGCUGCUCUCAGUCAGCCAUUUUGGAGCCCCAGAAUGUACUAUGAUAUAUGACACUAAAUGGUUCUCACAGAAUGGCUGCUGACGUGAGUUGUGAUUUUCAUUUGAAAGCAAUGGAUUGAUGCAGAUGUCUGAUUGGUCCAGAUGAACUGCAGACCAGAACCAGGUCUCAACACACCAGACCCUGAGAAGCCUAUAACCUAACUGUGUCCCCAGGAUGAGGCCUGUUUCCCCAGGAUGGAUGUCAGCCUUUGCCCCUGCACCCUGGUUCUCUACACUAAGUCCAGUAUAAGGCCUCUUCCCAGGGACAGACAUAGACCUCAUCUCUCCUCAACACCCAGAAUGCCCCCUUCGCUGCAGGUGCUGCUUAUAAUAUAUGCAAAUAAGCCUCCCUUAUUUUCUGAACCAACUAGAAAGAGAGAUCCUGUUGUUAAUAUGUAAAGUUUCUUUGCACUUUUUGAUAUGUUAUUGAUACAUCUGAAGAAAAUUGAGAGUUGAAACAGCGCGUUUUUCUCUCUUCCCACCAGGAGACAGAGGCUUUGUCUUUUUUAUUGACAAUCAUCAGCCUGAAACCAUUAAGUUGCUUUAUGAGGCUCAUGUUUUUAAGACUGAUUGCGCUUUUUUUAACAGAAAACAAUGAGUAAUAGUGGAAUAUAAGAGCUAUAUUCAUGCGUCCUCAAACACAUACAAUGCUACAGAUGGACACCAGUAAAGAAGUAGCCAGUAUCACUUGGCCUUUAAAGUAAAGAGGCCCAGUGCUUUUAGCAGAGAGCAUCGUUUUACAUGAAUAUCCUGCUGCUUCCUUCCUUUCAAAUGCUGAUCAUUUUGUCACGACAGUACUUAUCCAAAUGGCCAAAGGCACAAUGUUCAGAGGAAACAUGCAGCUGCCAGAAGGAAACGGCUCAGUAGAACUGAGAAAAGACAAAGAUGCACUAAAACCAGGAUCAUGUGGCAGCACAGUUAGUUGUAAACUGGCUGCUGAACUCGAUGGGUUUGAUACUGUAGCAUGCAUGCGUGUGUGUGUGUGUGUGCGCGCGUGUGUGUGGGUGUGUGUGCAUGUCAGUCAGUAUAUGAAUAUGGUUCCUGGGUUACCACACUCAUCCCUGCUCUGAUUUGAGGAGAUGUUGUGUAGAUUUUGUUUGUGUCUCAGAGAACACAGUGAUGGGUUUUAUACUUGUAUGUAGGUAGAUUAGAAAGAGAGGCAUUGCACUAUGAUUACUUUAAAAACUUUUUGAGCAAAGUGUAAUGAUGUGGCAUGUUAUCUAGCUGGGGAAGUCAUUGAUGCUUAUGAUAACAAGUUGUGCAUACGGGCUUGAACUGAGCACAAAAUCCAGGUUAUUUGUCCAGCUCUAGAAUAAUUGGUGGUCUAGAGGGUGUCCCUGUCAGGUUCUGCACUGUGUAGCUCAAUCCCAAUCUAAACAAUCUGUGGUGGGUCAGAAGCUGUAGGGUUUGGUUUGGGUUAGAGAUCAAGCUGGUAUGAGCUGGAGCCAGAUGAACAGACAGGCAGGUUAACCACAGUGCUAGGUUUGGUUUCAGGUCAAACCUUGAUGGUUUAUCAAUGGGGACAAGCAAACUGAGUAUUCAAAACCAGAGUUUAUAGGUCAUUUUCUGUGCCCAGUCUUGACAUAAUAUUUGCAUUAUGACAGUACUUUAGAGAGGUAAAGCAAUAUUCUGUUACAGCUGGGUUUUCACAGCUUCAUUUAGUCAAUAAUACUUUGAAAGGAAUUUAUUAGCUUCAGAUCUUAGAAACAUUUUAACUUUGAUUUGAAUCCUCUUAAAUAUUUGACAAAUAUAUAACAGAAUCCAAACAUUAUUCACUGUCUGCAUUAAUGACAACAUCUCAAAGCCACAUGUUCAUAAAAGUAAGAUCAAGAUGCCCAAGGUUUCAAAGAAUAGCAUGUACAUGUAGUUAUCAAAGAUCUGAAUGCAGAAGCAGAAUAAAAUCCAGAAUCAAAUUUUAAAAUAUAUAACCAUUGAUAUUUGUAUGUAAAAUUCAAUGCAAACUCCAAACCCACCCCGGCCUUUUGAUAUUUUAUACACCAUCUCUUUGAAGAUGAAAUACUGAAGACAUAUGAGAUUUUUAGGGACUAAUGUUUUAUAAUUGUUGCCAUAUUUGAAUUUCAGAGGCUUUGCAACUUUAAAGCAGUUUAUUUAUGUUUGUUGCCUGGGGAUGUAUUUAGUUAAAGGACUGGUGUUUUUGUGUUGAGGUGUGAUCAGAUUGAAUGCCAAGUAAAUUUUCACCUCAUGUUAUCCACAUGAAUAUGACAGUUGGAGUGUUUCUGCAGACUGCAGGUGUUAGUCCACUAAUAGUAACAGUAAGAGAAAAGUCAAAAUAUUAUUCUUUUACUUGAUAGUCAACAGAGGUUUGUAUCUUAAAAGUCAUUUUCAUGAUCUCACAGGUGUUUUCCAUCCUCCUGGAAAGAUAAAAUGUUUUCCAAGGGCAGAACCAAAGUUUAAACAUAAUAUUUCUGACCACUGCCAAGGUCUGAGCAGUGACGUUCAUCCAGUGAAGAAGAGGAGUAAAGCGUGGCAAGGUCAGUGGAAACAUUAAAUUCAAAUGUUGGUUUUGCACUGGGAAAAACCAGCAUCAUUCCAAGCAGAAAGGAGACAUCUGUUGGAUCACAAAAAUACCUUUGAAGAUGCAACCAGCUGCAGGACAUUAUCUUCUCCAGCUGUUGUGACAUUUUGACUUUUCCCCUAAGGAUCACAGAGAAAUGUUCAGAGUCUGUGAUGAAGUCAAAAACAGGGCUACCCAAACAGCCAGUGUAUAGAGCCUUGCUAGAUUGCAGCACUUGCACCGACCACUGUAUGUGUGUGAAGAGGGGUUUUGUGUAUUUGUAUGACAGCAGCUCAGAAUCAGAGCUCACUGAGAACUCCAGUCUGAUAUUUUCCUCCAGUUUUUCCUUCUUUUUCCUCUUGAUUUUUUGCAUUUAUACAUUUUAGUGUUUUUUGUUUUUUGCUGAAGGUGACACAUUUUUCUCACAGAGCGGUGUCUCCACUUUGUGCUGUCGACAUAUUACAGUAUAUCUUGUUGAUUCACUGUGUGUGCAGUCAGACUGCCUCUAAAAUUCACUUUGCAUUCAAUCUGAACACAGAUGUCUGUGUCUUUUCCUUUUCCUUUCCCAGGGUUUGGGAUUAAAGUUGACAGUCAGUGCCUACUAGGGGUUCAGAUUUUCUACUGAGGUGCUGAUAUGAGUUGGGUUUUGGUAGGGCAAGGUUUAAGGUUUGGUUAAAGUUGGCUUAAAGCUGUUGUAUACUGCAUGGUGCUGCUCUGGUCGCUGUGCUGACCUGACGAAUGCAUGGCUCAAACUAAUGAUACCUCUCCCUCUCAAUCCUGCUCUUCCUCCUACUCCUCCCCUUCCUCCCUCUGGACUCUGUCCUACAUCAGAGGGCAGUGGAUGGAAGGGUAUUCUAUUUCUUUGAAUUUUAAUAAUUGCCCUGUUGUUAAACUUCUAUUUUGCACGAUAUAUCAUACAACACAUUAUGUGCCUUGCCUUUAGUUAAAGAACAAUAAUACAUUAUGGAAAAGUAAUCAUACUUUUCAUGGUACAGCUGGUAGCACUUAAAAAAAGCUGCAUGUGUGAUUGCUUGACAUUAACAAGUGUAGCAGGUAGACAGUUUUAGGUUAAACAGUGGUGAUGAGAUACUGACAUACAAGCUGAAGUGUAAGCUCAGUGAAAGCUUUCAUUAAAUACCACUCAACUAAAUAAAGACUGCAGUUUUUUCAGUGCUGCAUUUUGGGAAAUACACAUUUGCUGACAUACUCAAAGUCACAUGAGAUGGACAAAAAUCUCUUUCUACUGGAAACACAGGCGCAUUUAGCCAAACUUUGUGCUAAGUUGAGCUAAACACAUCGCAAUCCUUACCCAGUUAUCCUAACUGAAGCUGGUUCAGACCUUUUUAUGUGACUUUCAAUCACAUCUCACAGAUUUCAUCAGCCAAUUGAGUUGGUUUAGGUGUCAUCCAAUGAUCUAACUUCAGAACUUUGGUCAUGUGAUAACAAGUGGUCAUAUAUGGGGGGAGAUCUAAACCCAUAUUCUGGUUAAAGGAUGGCACCAGGGGUUAUGGUCCAUCCUCCAGGUACCAAACCUGUUAUCAUAUUCUAUAUUUCAUUUAAUCAAAUCCAAAGUGAACCAUCUCCAUGACAACUGAGAAAACUGAGAAAGCUCUGAAAAAGCCAGUAAGUGAACAGUGACUGAAGAUUAUUUAACUCCUGUUUCCAAGGUCAAGAAUAAACUGGACACAUGUGAGUAAAGCUAGCAAAGACUUUCCCAAAAUGUUGGACUGCUCCUUUAAGUGUUGAUUUAUCAGUCACAGCUUUUGCCAUAACCAGGUGUUGAUUGCACUCAUAGAGCUGAUGUCGUUCAGUGGCCCUGCUGUUUAAAGCUAAGUAUUGCCCGAUAGGUGUGUGUGGACUGAGAUAAACUGACACUGACAACACUCACAGUGUUGAAAAUGAACACACAUUCUGUGUGUUGUAAAUGAAAUGAUUGGUUGGUAUGGUAUGGUAUGGUUACAGUAUGGCUACCUUAGAUCUGAAAAUAGCACUUAUGAGAGUGGUUGUAAGUCCUGCCUAAAUGUUCACAAUACAAAUGAAAGCCUUUUUCUUUACAGUUUGCAGCUCUGUCUACAUCCUGUUUUAAUUUUAGGUAUCAAAUAUUUGAUAUGUAUUUGGUUCACAUUUGAAAGUAUUUGUUGCAGGGGACAGUCUUGUGAAUAUUUUGUCAGGAAUUUAGUUUACGUGGCCAAGCCACAAAAUCUAAUCUAAUGGAAACAUGUCAAACAUCUUUCAGGUUUGGGCCACAGGACUCUGUAGCUCUAUGACUGGCCAUUAGAACACCGUCCAUUUGCCUGUGAUGAUGACUCUGACCAUGUGACUGAUCAUAUGAAAAGAUACUACAAAAGACCGUGGAUGAUUUUUAGUUUUAUAUGGAUGCAUGUACACUAUUUGGCUUUUAGGAUAUUUUUAAUUAUUUCUUGAGUUGUUAUCAUCAUGUUGCUUGUAGAAUUAUAGUUUUAAACACAGCAGUAUGUAUAAAAAUAUGUACAACGUAAAAAAAUGUAAAGAAUGUAUGUUUGUCAUGUUUGUGCUUUUUAGUUUGGCUCCCUUACAUGACAAGUGGCCCAGCUGCAAAAUAAUGGACCCAUGAAAUGGGUGGGCUGGUAGUUAAGUUCAACCAUGUGAAGGAUGUUGAAUGAUGAUGGGUGAAAAUGGCAGAUGGAGAGAGACCAGUGGAAGUUACACUUGGAUGAGGUAGAAUAUAGUAGAGGGCAUCCAAAGAUUGUAUACCUCUGCCAAAGCUGCACAGUCCUCUAAAUGUGUUAUUUUAAUAACAGACAGUAGUGAGAAAAGUCUGUGUCUGGAUCUUAGUCAGGUACAUGGUGAUAGACACCAACGUCGCACUGAUUAGCUGUUGGCAACAUUUUUAUAAUACCAAAAUCCUGUGGGUGCUCUGUAUGGGAAUGAAUGAAUUGGGCAAAGGUAGACAAUGAGUUAUGACCAAUUAAAUGCUUCUUUUUGUUCUAACAUCACCCGUAUGAUAAAUGCCCUUACAUUUUGCUGAAUUGCUGCAGUUCCUGUGGAUAGAUUAACUAAGAUUAGUUGCAAUUGCGCAUGUUCAGUAUUUACACAGAUUUAAGUCAAUUAGACUGUACCUAAAAGAAUUUGUGUGUGCAGGAAAUGGUAUAGCAUAUCAAAAAGCAAUGAAUAGCCCAUCCAGAUAUCUUGUAGCAAAUUCAGUGAAAAUGGAAUGAAAAAGGGAGGUGGUUAGAAGUGUUCUAAAAAAAUAAAAAAAUAAAAAUAAAAUUACAUGACAAAAUAUGUUUUGGGCAGAAAUGGGCAUAAACACAACAUUCAUAGUUGAGUAAGUUAGUAGAGGAGCUUUUUACCAUUCCAAAUUUUAGACACAAUCUAAAAUAGACCUGACAACAGUCUCAACCAACCCAAGGAUAAUGAUAUCCAUUCCAAAAUGUGAUUGGCCUAUGAUAAACAAGUAUGAUAAAACAAGACCAUCAUGGCAGAUGCAUGGUGCACUUCAGAGUCAAAAACAUAUUUUUUCUCCCAUGAUGACAAUGACACACUACGUAAUUACAUCUGAUGGAGACUCUGCUUUUAUCUUUCAGGUACUAGAUAUAUUGACACACAGACCUGCAGCAAUACAACAGAACUCCACCACACUCAGCAGACUAAGGUCCAGGAUCAGUGCAGGAUCAAAACCUGAAAAAGCAACAGCAGCUCAGUGUGAAGCUGAUUUUAGCAUUAAUUGUGUUCAUUUACCCUGAAAGGCAAUUGAGUAGAUUCACAGAUACCAGACCAAGUUGGAAUUACAACUUCAAAGAUAUUUUGGCUGUAAUAAUGUCCUAAAUAAUAUGACUUUGGUGAUUCAGAGAGAACAGAAGUCUGUAUAAUCAGCAACACCACGUAUGAAGUUGCAUCGUGAUAUUCACAUGGCUGCCUCUUAAAAAAGCAGAGGGAUAAAGAUUGUUUCUGUAAAAGGUAUCACAUAAAUGAAGCAGAGAAUUAACCUGUGAUGGGACUGACUGUGGUUCACUGAUGUGUUGUGAUGUCUCUGUGAUUGGGUGCUGGUUGCCUAUUAGCAAAUACACUACAGGAAUGAAAGGGAGAAUCUCUAGGUCCGCAGACAGGAAAAAGCAUGUCACUUAUUUUCAUGAAGGUAGGACAGAAUGGAGGGCAGGUAAAGUCUCUCUAGUUCAAUCGAUCGGUAAAUUUUAUGGGGGUGGACACAAUAACACCGAAACUGGCACAAUAUGAUACUGCACAAUCCAAUACAACACCAAACCGUAGGCAAAAUGGCAAGUCAUUUACAGUAAAUCACCUUUUACAUAGCCAAAAAAUAAAAUAAAUACUGUAAGACUCGCAAUGGUAGAGUAUAGAUGAUGUAGUAAAUUAUGGAAUGGUGUCUGUGGUUGUAUCUUCUCCAGCUGAUGACCAAGAUUACUGUACAUGUACUUUGGAAAUUGUAUUACGGCUUCAUAUUGUCUGCCAGAGGCUCCACCCAUUGCCAAAACAAAAACUGAUUUCGUUUGUAAAGCUCCACCUGUAGAUAGAAUAUAUGCACCAUUUGAAAAACUCUUUUAUCUGAAUUCAGAGUGGUCAGAUUUCAGAUGUAUGGCUCCUGACUGAGAGGUUGAUUCUGUGUUAAAGUAGGUUAUUAAGUGUUAGUACCUUUCUUUUCUUUUUCUUUCUGCUUCUUCUCUGUCACUAACUAGCAAUCUGGCUGUACAAAGAGAGCUAAAUAGGUUCCCGUCAUAACACCAGCCAGCUAAGUGGAAGACUAAUCCACUGUUGUCUCAAGGUGUGUCAGCUGUCCUGGCUCAGCUGAAAGUUCUUAAGCUUGCGCAGUGUGAUGUCUCUCCAUACCAUUCUAGAAAAUGUAUUAAAAGGAGACUUUUGAUUAUUAUAAAUAAAAUAAGACCACCAAGCCAACAUGCAACAGUCUGCCCAGGUCUCUAUAUCAAACCCAUGCAAACAAGGUAAAAUACCAUGUAGGUCUCAGUAACCAUGGUAUCAUAGUUGCCAAUCAGUGUGGAGAUUUUCUUUCAACUCUAAUGAGAGGGAAACUUGUCUUGAAGUUCAAAUGAGGAAUUAACAAUAACCAACUCUACUAAGUUCAGGAUAUCUGGAAAUUCCCCACCUCAAGUAUGAUAAUGAGGUGGAAAUAAUGUGUUCAUCACAAAAUUGAACCUAAAGAACCUAAAUAGUUGAGCUUCAUGCAAACACUGUCCUCUACUUGGGUCAACGUUGGAAUGCAAACUUAUCACUUUCUCUGCUCUAUUCAAAUAAACCAGCAGAUCAACAGCAUGGAAACUGGAAAACACAGCCAAAAAUAAUUUCAAUAAGCAGUGCCUGUCAUUUUACUGCAGUAUAAUUUGAGCUAUUUUGUACGCUGUGCUUUGCAGUACCUUUUGUAUCUAAACACUGCAUGGCCAUAUGACACUUCAGUUUAGGGGUUGGUACUUAGUAUUAAGAACAUCACCAGUCCUGGCCAGUGUAGAUGGGCUGUGCAGGCCCUGAGGUAACAAGCCAUAAAACAACCCAAAGUGUUGAAGAAACUCCAGAGAAAA